AUGGAUAAAAAGAUACAUACUGAACCCGAGGAUGAUAUCGCCGUGGAUCCCACGACCCAUGUCACGACCGUUUACGGUGAUGACUGGCAAUCCGAAACCACUUCGAUCGGCUCCUCGCUGUAUCGGGGGCUAGAGGAGAAUGGCCGACGAUAUCAAACCUUGAGCCACAAAGAAUAUCUGAUUCCAUCGGAUGAGAAGCAGUUCGAAACAUACGAAGCUGGCCACUUGGUAGCCCUCGUCAUGGACUCAGACCACGACAACCCCCUUUUCCAUGCCCCUGUUAAAGAUCCCAAACAUAUCCUCGACCUUGGAACAGGUCUAGGUAACUGGGCCAUCGAUGUAGCCGACAUGUUCCCAACAACCACCGUCCGCGGAGUCGACCUCUUCCCACCACCAGUAACAUGGAUGCCCCCAAACUGCAUCCUGGAAGUCGACAACAUCGCCGAAGAAUGGACCUGGAACGAACCCCAAGACCUCAUCCACAUGCGCAUCAUGAUCGGAGCCUUCGACCACGCAGAAUGGAGUCGCGUCUACCAGCAAUGCUACGACAACAUCCGCCCAGGCGGUUGGAUCGAACAACUAGAAGCAAGCCCCUACAUCGAAUGCGACGACGACAGCCUACCAGCAGACAGCAUCCUGCGCAGCUGGGGACCCGCGCUAUCAGCAUGCGGCAAGCGUGCCGGCCGCCCCCUAGAAACAAUCGAUAUGAUGCAAGACGCCUUCCGCAAGGCUGGGUUCGUGGAUAUCUGUGAAAAAGAAUACAAAUGGCCCAUUGGGCCCUGGGCCCGUGAUCAGAAAUAUAAAGAGGCCGGAACGGUUAAUUACCAGCAUUGGAUGUCCGGUAUGGAGGGCUGGGCUAUGUGGUUGCUUUGUAAAUUCGGGGCGCCGGAGCCUUGGUCGCAGGAUGAGGUUAUUGUUUAUGUUGCGAAGCUCAGGGCAGAGCUUAAGAAUCCGAGGUAUCAUAUUUAUGAGCGCGCGCGACGUGUGUGGGCAAGGAAGCCUUUCCCCGAGGAGAUUGCGGAGAGGGAGAGGGCUGAGGCUAAUAAGAAGGCUGCCAUUAAGAUUGAGGAGUGA